AGCUUUUCGACUAUAGUCGGUAUAUACAUUCCUUGGACGAAUUGUAACAAACGGAGACACAACAAUGGGGCUCAUUCGUGUCGUUCGUGCCAGUUUGAAGCUACAGAACGCUCUGCAUGGCAGUCUUAUCGUGUCGCAGAUGCUGGUCGGAGGCCGCGUGUCUGAACGGUGUUUUGCAUGGCCCUCGCAGCGUGCACCAAGCAUUGCCGCAGCAACAGCGAUUAUCGGUCUAAUGGUGUUACGCUACAGCAGCUCCGAGAUUGCCGCUACCGCACCCAUCACUUCUCCACUAGGGUCCUUUCAAAGUCAGCCCGCGUGUAUCACCUUCUGAGGUCGUAACGGUCAGUCGAUGCGGGCCGCGCUCCUAGGUCGGUGGGGCUCCACCUCAGGACAUGCAGAUCAUCAUACACUCUGACCCGUUCUCCCAUAAUUUCGCAUGGACGAGCUGACUUCCAUCAAUAACGGCAAUUCGCUCCCAGAAUGUAGUCCCCUAAUGAAGAACCGUAGCAGUGCUCGUAAUCCCCGUUCGGUUCUGACGACGAUUUCAAGUUCGGAACGGAUGAUAAGUUGACUCGCCCACACACGACUGGCAAAGACUAGUGUGGUCGUAUCAUCUGCGCCAUCUCACACUGACCUGCAUGAAACCACAAUGUUCAUUUGCCGAGCCACGACUUGUUAUUCGGGAGGACCCUUCAUUCAUUCGACGGUAAGCGAUGCCCAUAUGUCGACGAUGGUCCACGUUGUGGCGUUUUUGAUUCCUUCUGGUUGUGUAUAGCAUUGAUAAAACGAGGUCCUAACAUGUAUCGUCCACGUCUCAUUCUGGUACAUCCUUGUGAAGGAAUUGCCUUUCUUUGGGCAAGUAACGUAUUGCUCGCGACCGUAGAUCGCGGCUUUUGACGCCAUUCCCGGCCUACGAAAAUUGGGACGCACCGUUUCUGAUCCGGUUCCAAGAAACAUGCAGAAUUUCCUUCCAAUCCGGCACUCGAAUACACUCAACUCGAAUCACGCGCUCGAACGUUUCGUCACAAGUCUCAGCCACAGCCGUGCAGAACACGAGAUGCCAGUUCGUAGAUAUAUAAAGCCUCAAACGCACCACCGUUAGUCCAGCGCUCCUUGAACACUCUCCCUCUUCAACAUGUGUUUCGGCGAUAAUAACGCUAAACACGUCGUCGAGUACUGUAACGACCAGUUCUUGUCUCUCUGGUCCAUCGCGGAUCGUUGUUGGCGGAAACAUGUGGAGGAUAAUGGGCCUUUCAAACCUGAAGAAAGACAGCACCGGUACUCUCUUGCGCUCGUCGUUUGGCAUCUCGGCCGGUACCGCGCGGCAAGCUUCGAGCGUACGGACGACUCAAAAGACGAUCUGAUGUUCGAAGCUCUCUUCGCUAAGCCGGUGCUCGUCUCCCUCUGUAAUCAUGAAAUGCUCCUGGAAAUCACGGUGGCCGAGGGUCACUACAAUCUCGACCAUGGGCGCGCAAAUGAGACUGCGAACGCCAAUCAUUCUCGCAAGAGAGACAUACCGAAGAAUACCACGUUUACCUACCGUGUACCGUUCAAAAUCGACGUGGUCGCAGGCUAUACUGCUUCGAUUGGGGGCGGAGAACACAAGAUUCGGAUGUUGGUGUUUGAUUACAAGAGCGCGAAGCUCAUCCGAACGUCUAUCCGCGAGCCAGACGGGACGCAUCAGCCAGCUCCUCCAGUCGAAGGACAACAGUCUCUCGAAUUUUAUCUCGAACAAUAUCUCGAGUUCUUGCAGUCCGCUGGCCAUCACGUCCUGUUCUCUCUCCCCAACUUCGAGAACGACAAAGGAGACGUCCCUACCACAAUUAACUACUCGUGGAUCGCCGACGUCGCGCUGCGACAGUUAGUUCAGUUGGAUGAGAUCCACGGCGUAUCACUCAGGAAGAUCAACGACUACCUGUCCACCGUCUGGCUGAAGGCUGCUAUGCUUGUCUCUAUCCAGACCGAUGCAUUAAGCGACCGGUCCGGUACAUCUUUCGCGGAAUAUCGUGGCACGUGGCGGUACAUGGACCAGGCGUACUCCUAUUACAUCACAUUUGGGACUCCUCGAGUCACGGCUUGGUGCAACGAUGAAGUCAUCAUGACAUUCGUCGUCGACGAAGUGUUCCUUUACAAUGGUAGCAAGUGGGAAGGGCAGCCGGUGAAGAGCUUCAGCGAAUGGGAGAUCGCUGUGAUAAUGAACUUCUCCUAUGAGAAGCCACCGGAGCACGAUGGCAAUGUCAUCCGAUGCAAAGUCGAUAUCGCGAGCAGUCACCUUCUAGAAGCCUUCUCGUUCUUCGGGGAUGUCGAUUUCGACAGUGAAGACGGGACCGUGCUGACAUGGGUCGAUUACAUCAUCUCCUUCAUCUCCGACGAAUACUUGAACAUCAUCGAGAAUGCCGGGUACAAUAUCAUCUACGAACACGAUCUGCGCUGGCGCUCUAUCACAGGGUACGGGGAGGACGGCGACAUCAACAUCGACGAGAGUGCCGUUUGGUAUGCGGGUCGGGACGGGGCCGAGGGCGGUGGGAUGCACACAAGGACAACGGCAUGGCGGAGAAUUAUCCAGGAAGGCGACAUGUGUGGUUACGACCAGAUCACCGCUCUCUCCGAGACCGCCGUGAACCGCUACAUGGCCUCGGUCAUGACUUCCUGGCAGUUCGAAGACAAGUUCAAGGUCACAUUUAAGGCCCCCGUUGUUCGUCUCCGCAACGACGGCACAGCCAUACUCGUCAUCAACCUCAAGGACGGAUUCUUGCAGCCCAUGUCGAGCUACCAAUCCGAAGCCAGCACCGAGAACUUCUCAUACCAGAAUUGGCGCAUCGCGUUCCAGGUCAGCGUGAAGAUGGUUGAUCACGCCAGUUUGGUGCAGGACCUCGCUGACUGGGAAGCGAUAUUCCGGGAGUCGCCUGCGUACAAGGAGUCGAUGUCGGCCAAACCUCCCAACCUUCGGGAAGUCUCCGAGUCUGACGUGGACUUCAAACAUAUCAUUCUGGAUUUCAGCCAGAUGCAAUUCCGCCACGAGUUCUCUAGCUUCGACCAACUGUUCACGAGCCACACGAAACGAGCGAUUGAGAAGGUUCAAGCUGCGGUCUCCUACCUGCGCUACUAUUGCCUCUCGGAGUUUGUCGCCUCUGGGAAACACGUCCUCUUCAGCAUACCUGUCUGGAGGUCGCUCGCGAACGCGCCGCUGUACGGCUUGACGAGUAUCGUGUUCCAAAUAUCCUCCCGCAGGACCAUCACCGAGUCAGUCAGGACGGAGCAAUCGAGCCCAUCCCAACCCGCCAUUAUCAUCUUGGGGAUGUGUCUGGGGCGCCCGAUGCCCGCUCACACCUUCCGUUACUCCACCGACUGGGUCGCCCACGCUGGAAGAUACUUAUCCUACGGUACUGUCGGCAUCUCUUCGGGCCUUUUCCUGCAGGAGAAGCUCCUGUAUUCCCUGGCCAGCGUCAACGCACUUACCACGAUCGUCCCGUCCUUCACUGUCGCCGAGUCCGGGGAGUGGCGGUUCAAGGUCGCCAGCUGGGCGUCCAGUGAAGACCGCAGAGGUGCCGUCUGUAGCUUCGGGGAAGUCCAAGGAGUCAAUGGUGGCGACUUCCUGGAAUACCUGUGGGAGCGCAGCGAUGUUUGGAACUACACUUACAAGCACAGGGGUGCUAACUACACUACGAGCGGCACAUUCUCUGUCAGCGCUCGCACCGAGAACCGUCUCGAGAUUCCUACUGUUUACAAGAUCGGUUCCAUGGAUAUCAAGAUGUACGGCAAAGUAACCCUCGAACUGUCCAGCACAGAAUCCACUGAGCGAAGCUGGAGUGCUGCUGCCGAGUCCAACUGGCAGGCUAUAUUAUCCGUGCGCACUGAGGAAGGAGGAAGCCUGAAGAUCAAUGUCGAAUCCUCGCAGGCCCAAACUAAAGCUGUCAAGGCCGAAGAACAUGGGGGUGCCCUUGUGUAUCUCAAGCCUGAGACGUACCUUACGGAAGUCAUGCCGACGAAGAUCGAGCUGGACAAGGCCGUCGCAGAAUUCUCGUACUUCACCAGCUCCUGGGAGUCGUGCUAUCCGGGCAUGUCGUCGUACACACUGACACAGCCGGUAUUCAACCGCAGCGGCGACCUGCUGUUCGAGCUGCGCCCACCGGCUUCCGAUGCACAGUCACAGGCGCAUGGUGCUGGUGGUCCGGCCACCCCGGUCCUGAAGAACAUCAAGAACUUGAAAGCGUUUGCCCGCAACGGAAGGGCCCCAGGUCGAGGACGAAAUGGCUCCGCAGAAAACGGAGGAUCGUCCCGGGAUACCAGUCGUGCUCGGUACUAGCCGAUUAGGGCUACAAAAUGGUGGCCGUGUACUGUCUCAUGUUUAGCAAGCAAAUUGGAAUGUUGUACUUGUCCUUGAUCUGUCCGUAGCUGUCAAUCUACUCCGUUGUCGUCAUACAGGCGAACUUGCAG